AUGCCCAAGGAUGUCCUGACCUAUGAUGAUGUGCAUGUGAACUUCACUGAGGAAGAGUGGGCAUUGCUGAAUCCUUCUCAGAAGAGUCUCUACCAAUGUGUAAUGCUGGAGACCUGUAGGAAUCUCAGUGCUAUAGGCUACAUUUGGGAAGACCAUACUACUGAAGAAUAUUGUAAACAUUCUGGAAGACAUGGAAGGUAUGAAAGAAGUUUUACUGGAAAGCAAACCUUUGAUUUUAUUCAGAAUGGUAAUGGCUUUGCAGUUCAGAGUCAUACCCAAAGGCAUAAUGGGGAGAAGACCUAUGAAGGUAACCUAUGUGGCAAAGCUUUUGUACAGAGGAAUAAUCUCAAAACACAUAAAAGGACACAUAAUGGAGAAGAACCUUCUCAAUGUAACCAAUGUUGUAAAGACAUUGUAAGAAGCAGUGCUCUCCAAAAUCAUAAAGGAACACACACAGGAGAGAAACGCUGUGAAUGUAAUCAAUGUGGGAAAGCCUUUGCACAAAGGAGUUGUCUCAAAAGACAUAAAAGAUCAUGUAAUGCAGAAAAACGUUAUAACUGUAACCAAUGUUGUAAAGCCUUUGUACAAAACCAUAAUCUCCAAAAAUAUAAAAGGACCCAUACAUUACAGAAACCCUAUGAAUGUAACCAAUGUGGCAAAGCCUUUGCACACAGCAGUACUCUUCAAAAUUAUAAAAGAACACACACAGGCGAGAAGCCCUAUGAAUGUCACCAAUGUGGCAAAGCCUUUGCACAGAGCAGUACUCUCCAAAGCCAUAUAAGAACUCAUACAGGAGAGAAACCCUAUGAAUGUAACCAAUGUGGCAAAGCUUUUGCAGACAGCAGUACUCUCCAAAGACAUAUAAGAACUCAUACAGGAGAGAAACCCUAUGAAUGUAAGCAAUGUGGCAAAGCCUUUGCACACAGCAGUACUCUCCAAAAACAUAAAAGAACACACACAGGAGAGAAACCCUAUGAAUGUAAGCAAUGUGGCAAAGCCUUUACAGACAGCAGUACUCUCCAAAAACAUAAAAGAACACACACAGGAGAGAGACCCUAUGAAUGCAAUCAAUGUUGUAAAGCCUUUACACGAAACAGUCAUCUCCAACAUCAUAUAAGAACACAUACAGGUGAGAAGCCUUAUGAAUGUCACCAAUGUGGCAAAGCCUUUGCAUAUAGCAGUCAUCUCCAAAGCCAUAUAAGAACUCAUACAGGAGAGAAACCCUAUGAAUGUAAGCAAUGUAGCAAAGCCUUUGCAGACAGCCGUACUCUACAACAACAUAAAAGAACACACACAGAAGAGAAACCCUAUGAAUGUAAUCAAUGUUGUAAAGCCUUUACACGAAACAGUCAUCUCCAACGUCAUAUGAGAACACAUACAGGCGAGAAACCCUAUGAAUGUAACCAAUGUGGCAAAGCCUAUGCAGACAGCAGUACUCUCCAAAAACAUAAAAGAACACACACAGGAGAGAAACCCUAUGAAUGUAAGCAAUGUGGCAAAGCCUUUGCAGACAGCAGUACUCUCCAAAGACAUAUAAGAACACACACAGAAGAGAAGCCCUUUGAGUGUAACAAAUGUGGCAAAGCCAUUGCACGCAGCAGUACUCUCCAAAGACAUAUAAGAACACACACAGAAGAGAAACCCUAUGAG